AUGCUUUCAUUAUCACGUCAAUCAACAUCAUUGAUCGACUACGACCAUCUAAUUUCUGAACAAAAGAAUAAUGAUAAUGGUAGUUUUUGUAAUUCAAAUUCACAAAAUGAAAUACGAAAUAGUGGUAGUAUGACAACAACAAUACGAAAAUCAUUACGUACAUUGACGUGGCGAAAAACACCUAAUACUACGAUAAUACCUAGCACAAUAACAACAUCACAUCAACGUUUUGAUAGUACAAAUUCAAAUUCAAAAUUAUUUCAACGUCGUCGACAUUCAUCAUCGUCAUAUGAACAACAAUUAUUCGAACCACGAUUAAAUGAUGAUGAUAUGACAAUAAAUGAAAAUGAUCAAGAGGAAGUAUUUUCAUUACCGUCAAAACCGUUUGAUCGUAUUGCCCAUCGUAUACGAAAAUCAUUUCGGUCAAUGGGUCGACAGACAAAAAAUGUUCUAAGAAAUCAACAACGUGGUGGUGAUGGUGGUGGUCGUUCACGUCUAGAGAGUAACAAUUCGAAUAAAAGGCUCAUUAUUAAAGCACAAUCAUUCAGUGAUCUAUACGAUCAAACAACGACAACAACAGAUGAAAAUAGUGAGAAUAUUAAUGGUCGUGAGAACAACAAUCAUCAAGAAAUUAAAGUAGCGAUAUCAUCGACAAUGCCGUUAAUAGCGUCAAAUAAAAAUAAUGAACAGAAUCAAAAAUCACAACAACGACGACGAGCACCACAAGCACCAGUACCGCACUUCUCCAUAUCAACAAUGACAACAGCAAAUGAUCGGAAACCUACUAGUGUACCAGAUCAAUUAUCCAAAACCAAAAGUCGAGCAUGUGAUGAAUCCGGUUAUUCAUCUCUUAGUGAACCAACAAACAGUGAACGUAGCUCUGUAAAUAGUGUUAAUAAACAAAAGAAUAAAACCUCUAAUCGUACUUUACGUACUAGUGUAUCAUUCUUUCUCAAAAAACGUCAGUCGUCAUUAUCAAAUGAAAAUCUUCCACAACAACAACAAAUUUCAUCUAAUGGGAAAAAACAGCUCAAUAUAAAUAGAAAUAAUCGUACUCUAUUGACAUUAUCACCGGCGAUUGACGAGGAAGACAACAAUACAAUUCAUUAUAAUGAUGAUGAAAAUAUUGUUGCUGAAUAUAUUGAUCAAACAGCAAAGAAACCAAAAUUAACAAUUGGUAAACGUUUUCAAACAUUACGCCGUUCAUUUGUCAGCAAUAAACGGUGUAUUGUUGAAUGA